CUCUCUCUUUCGAAUUUGGAAAGAAGAGAAUAUUGUGAAGAGAGAGAGAGAAACAUUGCACCCAACUCAUUCGGUCGGAAGCUCAUUUGCCCCCAUUUCAUCUUCCUCCCCUUCCUCUCUGUCUCGCUCUCUCCCCCUCUCUCUCUCUGUCUUCUUCUCAUUCGCAUUCCUGUGUCCAACUCCGCGUCUCCAAUUCCCAUCGGAAGUUCGGCCGGCCGUCGAUCUCACCUGCAGAUUAGGCGGUGAAUUUGAGCUGGUUUCCAUCUGAUCUCGAGAAUCGGAUCGACUUCUUAUUGGUGCAAUUGGUGCAGAUUUGAAGAGGUCUAAUCCUAUUAUAAGCAGCAAAGAUGAAGAAGGUGUUUGGACAAACGGUCAGGGACCUCAAGAGAGAAGUGAACAAGAAGGUGCUUAAAGUUCCAGGAAUAGAACAGAAGGUUCUUGAUGCUACUAGCAAUGAAGCAUGGGGUCCACAUGGGACACAUUUAGCUGAUAUUGCUGCAGCCUCCAAAAACUAUCAUGAAUGUCAGAUGAUCAUGGCGGUAAUCUGGAAGCGCAUCAACGAUACAGGAAAGAAUUGGCGUCAUGUCUAUAAAGCAUUGAUUGUUUUGGAGUACCUAGUUGCAAAUGGUUCUGAAAGGGUCAUUGAUGAGAUCAGGGAACAUGCAUACCAAAUUUCGACAUUGGCCGAUUUCCAAUAUGUUGAUUCCGGUGGUAGGGAUCAAGGGAGCAACGUCAGAAGGAAGUCUCAGAGUCUUGUUAUGCUUGUGAAUGAUAAAGAACGAAUUGCGGAAGUUAGACAGAAGGCAGCUGCAAAUAGGGACAAGUUCCGCAAUACGAACCCAGGCAGUGGAAUGUACAGGCCAGGAGGAUAUGAGGACGAUCGGUACAGUAGCAGAGAUGAGUAUGGCUAUGGGAGAGAUAGAGAAGGGGGCUACAGGGAUGAUGACCGCAGUAGUCGAAAUGCAGAUUCUUAUAGUCGUGAUGGAGAUCACUACAGCAAGGAUUCUGAAGAACGUUAUGGGAGAGACGGUUACAGGGAAGAUGACUACCAAGAUCACCAAAAUGGAUCGAGGAGUAGAAGCGUGGAUGGAGAUCGCUCUCCUGAUGAUGGUCAAUAUUCGGCUCAGGGGCUUGAUCGGAAAUUCUCUGACCAAAGUAUCAGUGGGCCUCCUAGUUAUGAAGAAGCAGUAGGUGAAUCUCGAAGUCCCGAGCAAAAUGGAAGGGACCAAGAGAUUCCGUCAGCAUCUGUUCCUAAACUUUCUUCACCCACUGUAAGCCAUGAUGCUAGCCCUGCUAAUGCACAUGGCCCUUCUCCACCCCCUGCAAAGCAAGAAGUUGAGGGCUUUGAUGAGUUUGAUCCACGAGUCCCUGUUUCAGCUGCUCCUACUAACAGCAAUGCUGAAAUGGACUUGCUCGGCUCAUUCUCAGACUCUUUCUCUUCAAAUCCUUUGGCAGUCACGCCAGCAACAUCUACUGGGCCGAAAGCUGAAGCCUUUGCUGCUAAUACUGGUCUUGGAGCAUCUGAUGUUAUGCAACAGCCAUUUGAUGAUCCAUUUGGUGAUGCUCCAUUCAAAGCUCUUCCUUCAAAUGGCAACAGCAACCCAGCUCAACCCUCUGCUGACACAUCAACAUCUUCUUUCCCACUGAGUACAAACCAAACUUCUGACCUGCAUCAGCAGGCAGCGUCACUGCCUGACUUUAAUUUUGGGGACUCAUUCACUGCCCUAACUUAUGCUUCACCAGACUCAUCUCAGUUCCCAUCUCAAGACGCCUCAAACCCUGAGGAAGAAGUUGAUAUUUUGGCUGGCAUUCUCCCUCCAUCGGGUCCCUCUCCUGUCACCGCUGCACAUACUCCAUUUUCAGCUCCAAGUGCGCAACAUCUACAGUCGAGUACUACAGCUUAUGGAGAUUUCGGUACUCAGGGUGGACCUGCUACGAUAUCAACUUCACAAGUGUCCCCUCAUGCCGAUAUGCCGUUUAACCAAGGGAACUUAUAUCAUACAUCGGGGAAUCCAGCUUCUCCUUUUUCAGCACCAAGUGGCCAGUCAGAUGCUGGUUAUGGAGAUUUUGGUUCACAGGCGGGGUCCACUACUUCAGUAACUCCACAAAUGACUCAUCAAGCCCCAAUUGGAACAGAUUGGCAGUCCAAUCAUGGACAGUAUCAACCCCAAACAGGACCUUUGCCUGCACAAUCUAGCGGUCAUAGCUAUGGUGAUUUUGGUUUGCAAGCCGGAGCGGUUGCUCCCACUACUUCACAAGUGUCUCCUCAGUUACAAGCUGGGACAAAUAUGCAGUUUAACCAAGAAAAUUUCCAACACCAAAUGGAACCUUCAGCUUCUCCAUUUUCAGCUCAAUCUCAGAAUGGGCAGGCUAUGCGGCUGAACAAUGGGGAUCUAGGCCCGCACGCAGGACCCGCUACUCCUGUAACUUCUCAAAUGUCUCCUCAGGCACCAUCUGGAAUGGAUAUGCCCUUUAGCCAUGGAAACCUCCAAAACCAAACUGGACCUUCAGCUUCUCCAUUUUCAUCUCAAUCUCAAAAUGGACAAGCUAUGCAGCCUAACAAUGGGAAUUUCAGUUCACUGGCUGUACCUCCUACAACAGGAACUUUGCAAAUGCCCCCUCAGGCACAAGCUGGAAUGAACAUGCCAUUCAAUCAUGGAAACUUCCAAAACCAGACCGGACCUUCAGUUUCUUCUACAUAUUCAGCUUCUCAGACUAAUAAUGGACAGACUAUGCAGCCUAAUACUGGUGCUCCAUUUCCUCAGUAUGCGUCUACACCAUUCACCAAUGGAAGCGUUGUACUGCCUGGAGGACCUUCUGCUGGCACAUUUUCACAUAAUAUGAUGCCUCAAACUCCGAAUGGAUCUGCUGGGCAGCUUAACAACAAUAACUUCUUCCCACAGCAGGUUUCUGGUCCUCCCACUUCCCAACAAGCUGUAUCAGCAAACAGAGACGUCCUUGGCAACAUGCUUCCUCAAACUGGACUGCAGCAGUCGCACAUGAACUCACAGCAGCCAGUUUCAUCUUCGGCCGGACCACUGGCCAUUGUUCCUCAACAACCAUCAAAGGAAAAAUUCCAGACCAAGUCAACUGUGUGGGCUGACACUCUAAACCGAGGGCUUGUCGACUUGAAUAUAUCUGGACCAAAAACCAAUCCUUUGGCAGAUAUAGGAGUUGAUUUUGACUCAAUAAACAGGAAAGAAAAGCGGAUGGAGAAACAGCCUGCUACUCCAGUAACGUCGACAAUCACCAUGGGCAAAGCUAUGGGUUCGGGUUCAGGAAUGGGGCGGGCAGGCUCUAUCAGGCCUCCCUCGAAUCCCAUUGCUGGUAACAUGGGUGGCAUGGCCAUGAGUGGCAUGGGAGGCAUGGGAAUGGGUGGUGGUCAUGGUCCCGGCAUGGGCAUGGGAAUGGUUGGUGGCCAUGGUUCGGGCAUGGGCAUGGGUGGUAGUCAUGGCAUUGGCAGCAUGGGCAUGGGUGGGAUGGGAGCAGGCUAUGGAGGAAUGAAUCAACAGCCAAUUGGCGGCAUGGGCAUGGGGAUGGGAAUGGGGAUGAACUCGGGUUACAAUAACAUGGGCAUGGGGAUGAACCCUGGAAUGGGGCAAGGAGCUCCCCCAAUGCAACAGCCCGGGAGUGGGUACAACCACCCCAUGAUGGGUGGGAGUGGAUAUCCUCAACAACACUAUGGUGGAGGCUACAGAUGAGAAACAAUUCAUCGAGAGGUAAAUCUUAGUGGCCAAUCUCAGGCAAGAAAGUUGUUUAAUUGCAGCCCGGGAGCAAAGCAUUGGAAGCUGCAGUUUUUUUGGGAUCAUUAUACAAGGAUAAGAUUUUGGUGAUUCUUUGGGUGGUGUAUUCCUUCGGGAUGAGGAAGAUUUUGUGGCGGGACUGCGAGAUAGAGUGCAGGUGUCGUGAUCUCUGUAAUGGCAACGAAGAUGUGAUCCCUGAUAUGAGUUAUUACAGUCUUUCAUUUGUGUUUGUGCAAAGCAUAUUCUUUUGCCAGUCUAGGGAGGAAUUCUGUUCUGGUAUAUGUUUCAACUUUUGAGGAUGAACAAUAAAUGUCAUUACUGAGAUGACCUGUUUCAUCUGUACAAUAAUUGUAUUAUCAGACCUCAUUGAUUUUGCAAAUUUGCAGCGUCUUAUGCUGAAGA